AUGCUAAAAAAACUAAAUGAUAGAUAAGGUAAAAUGAUAUAAAAUUCAAGAAGAAUAAGAAAGAUACCUUUUUAAUCGAUAUUUUUACUAUUGAAAAAAUUCAAAUAUGAGGUAUUAUGGAACAAUAACCAACAAAAAGGAGUAAUACAAAGGUACAGAGGGAUGAAGUAAAUAUCCUUGAAAUGAUAUUGUAGUAUUGGAGUUUAUGUUGAAGUUAUUACUCCGUGUGAUUGCUAUCAGAGGAAAUGGUAUAGGAAAUAGAUGAAACCAUAAUAAUUUUAUUAAGAAGAAAUUAAGAUAUAUCAAAUUUCAAUUUCAACAAAAGUGCUACCUCUGAAGGAAGUGAAUUUAACUGGAUUUCUAUAGCCCAAUUUUUAGCUAUUAUAUUGA